AUGCAUCUUUUCAACACCGACGAUGAUCCGAUCACCCUCGAAGAGUUGGACGCGACCCACUUGGAGCAUUGGCCUAAACUAUACGCCAAUGUGACUGAGGAGGUAGAGGCAUAUCUGAAGAACAUCAUUCCCUGCCCACCUCCCAAUUCACCUCCCCCGGACUAUCGUAAACUGCCCCUUGGAUCCGCCGCCAAUCGAUGGUUCCCUAAGUCGUUCACAGAAUACAAAGAACCAUCUUUGCAGGAGCAGACAUGGGAAGACAUCGGUACCCGAUCAGGGAAGGAAAUCCCGCUCGAGGCUUUUGUCAAAGGGGGAAAGCUUGUUGUCCCAGCUGAGAAUUGUGCUGUCUGCGCCGGUUAUCGAUGGGGUCAAAAGGCUUUUGCUCCAUACCCUUAUCAAGUAAAAUAA